AUGGAUCCAAGCUUACUGAGAGAGCGAGAGCUAUUCAAAAAGCGUGCCCUCUCCACACCAGCAGUAGAAAAACGUCCAGCGCCAUCUUCUGACUCCUCCUCUUCCAAAAAGAAAAAAGCAAAGGUAGAACAAGGUGGCUCGUCAAGCUCGAAACAAAACACAGAUCACAGCAAUGGAUCAUUUAACUUGAAAGCCCUUUCAGGAGGCUCUGGCUACAAGUUUGGAGUCCUUGCUAAAAUAGUGAACUAUAUGAAGACUCGGCACCAGCGUGGUGAUACACAUCCGUUAACCCUAGAAGAGAUUUUGGAUGAAACGCAGCAUUUAGAUAUUGGUCUCAAACAGAAACAAUGGUUAAUGAGCGAGGCUCUAGUCAACAAUCCGAAAAUAGAAGUUGUAGAUGGGAAGUAUGCUUUCAAACCCAAGUACAACUUGAAAGAUAAAAAGGCUCUGCUCAGGCUCUUGGACAAGCAUGACCAGCGAGGGCUGGGAGGAAUCCUUUUAGAAGACAUUGAGGAAGGGCUACCCAAUGCACAGAAAGCUAUAAAGGCUUUAGGGGACCAGAUCAUCUUUGUUAAUCGCCCUGAUAAGAAGAAAAUUCUUUUCUACAAUGACAAGAGCUGUCAGUUUACUGUGGAUGAAGAAUUCCAGAAGCUGUGGAGGAGCAUUCCCGUGGAUUCUAUGGAUGAGGAGAAAAUUGAAGAGUAUCUGAAACGACAGGGUAUUUCUUCCAUGCAAGAAACUGGACCAAAGAAAAUAGCUCCUAUUCAGAGAAGGAAGAAACCUGCUUCUCAGAAGAAACGUCGGUUUAAGACUCACAAUGACCACUUGGCUGGAGUAUUAAAAGAUUACUCUGAUAUCGUUCCUGGCAAACAGUGAUCAGUUGAAUUCUGGAGCAAACGUGCAUUUUUGUACAGGCUUUUUGCCACUUGGGCCCAGCGUCUGCUCGCAGAAAGACUGUCUGUAUAUAGUAAUGUGAUGUGUUUCCCCCAUCCCAGCAACUGCCAAAAUGAAACAGGUCAGUUAAAGAGCAAGUAUGAACGACUACAUUUAGAGUUUAAUUUAAUUAGCUAAUGGGAAAUGUGUCUUUCGGUAAGAGGUGCUCACUAGUCGCCUUUUGGCAUAGGGUGAUAAAUGGUGCUCAGCGUGUAAUGCAGGAGUUCCUGUUCAGAGCUGCACCCUGCUUUUACGUUGCUUAAUGCAUAUUUACCUGGAAUUACUUA